AUGAUUCGCCAUGGGUUUCGGGUUUCCCUGGCGAUGUUGUCAUGGGUGCCUGUAGUAGCUACAAUAAACCAAUCGGUGGCAUACUUUACCUGGGUUGAAGGUGGGUCUAUGAAACCUUCACUAAACCCAGAUUCUUCACUGCAUUGGAGAGACUUAGUUUUUCUCUGGAAGUUUCGCCAGAAGGAGCCUGGCGCUCUCAAAGUUGGUGAUGUUGUUGUACUCAGAUCGCCUGAACAGCCGGAUAAAAUACUUGUUAAACGAAUUCUUGGAGUAGGUGGAGACAAAGUGUUAAGACGUGGAGACGGACCAUAUCCCAGACCGACCUGCCAUGUCCCAACGAACCAUCUGUGGGUUGAAGGUGACAAUAUUCAUUCCAUAGAUAGUAAUAAUUUUGGGCCUGUCUCAGUUGGACUUGUGAUAGGACGUGCGACCAGAAUUCUCUUUCCACCGUCAAGGUUUGGUCCUAUACCUGAUGGUGGAAGAGAAGCAAGAAUUGCCAUUAUUAGAGCAUCCAAACCAGAUUCGGCUGUCUAG